GAUAAGAACAGCGGGGGCAAUAUUCCCGUACCCGUCUUUGACGGCACGCGCAAGACGAUGGAGAUGCUCCGCCGAGAAGUCGCCACCUGGCAGGUUGGCACCGAGGUCAAGUUGCCCAAGCAGGGCGCGACGCUGUUGGCCAGCCUCAAGGGCAAGGCCGAGGAGGCGUGCGAGGAGAUCGACCUAGAGACCAUCAAUGGCGACGACUCGGUGGAGGUUUUCUUGGAGUACCUUGGGAAGCGCUUUCCCGAGAUUGAGGCAUUGGAGGUACCAGCGCUCCUGGAGACAUUCGUGGAGCCGGCGUGCACCCGGCGCAAGUUCGAGGAGAUCCACGAUUUCAACCAUCGCUUCAACAGCAUAGCGACGAAGCUGAGAGCUAAGGACAUCCAGGUGCCCGACGAGGUCUUGGCCGACUUGUGCAUCAAGGGCGCCCGCCUGCCACCGGAGCGCGCGGCGAGCGUGCUCAACGGCGUGGGCAACAAGUUCAAUCCGACGAAGAUCCAGGAGCAGCUCAUGAUCAAUUUGCCCAAAAUGUCGGUCGUGCACGGCAACGAAGAGCAUCGCCGCGACAAGGGCGGCCACGGAGGUCACAAGAAGGACCGCGAGAAGAUGUGCGCCGCGGAGGCCUGCGACGAGGCCGAGGACGACGGCGCGUCCACCGACGGCUCCGAGGGCGACGACGACGACUUGCCGGACGAGCUGCAGGACGUGAUAGACGAGGCGGAGGAGCAGGUGGCUUUCUUCGCCAAGAAGAUGGCGCGCGCCAAGGACGAGCUCAAAGAGGCCAAGCAGGACGAUGCCAAGAUCGCCAAGCAGAAGGCGAGGAAGCACUGUGGAGCUCGUGGCCAGAUUGGCCACUGGCGCGGCGACCCGCAGUGCCCCGAGAAGAACGACCCCAACGCGAGGGCCGACAUCCCGCGAAAGGGAAGUCACAAGACGAACCUGACUACGAACGUCGGGGCCGGCGACUUGCAGGGGCCCCGCGACGCGGAGAUGACGGUCGCGGCGGUCUACCAGCACGAGCAGCCGAGAGCAGCGCGAGGACAACCAGUGCCGCAUGGCCGCGACGGGUUCGGCCCGGCGCUCACCUACAUUAGAGUCGAAUUCCUAUUGAAGGAGUCGGGCGGCAAGCAGACUUUCGCCACUGCCUGCUCGCGGUGCGUCGGCGGCCUGGACUGGCACAACGACGUCAGGAAGAAGCUGGCGGCCUUCGACAUCCAGUCGAUCGAGUACCCGGAGGUGGAGCCGUUCCGCUUCGGAGCGUCCAAGGUGGUGUGCAGCCUCAAGGCGGCGCUAAUUCCCUGCUCGGUGAAUGGCAAGGCCUUCGCCGUGCGCAUGAGCAUCGCGCGCAGCGCCGUGCCGGGGCUGUUCAGCCGCCGGGCCCAGAGCGAGCUGGGCGAUUUCUACCGCGCAGGGGACAACAAGGUGGACAUCAAGUCCGUCAUCCAGCACGGCUUCCAGAUGGGUUUGGGCCGCGCCGGACACCCGGCGCUCGAGAUCACAGGCUUCGCGCCAAGCUACAAGCCCGUGUCGGACAUCUCGGACACCAAGGCCGACGAGUCUCAGUCGGGGACUGAUUGCGACCAGCUCGACAGCGCUGAACUGUUCGAGCAGCAGGUGCGCCAGCUUCUCGCGAACCAGUGGCCGGAGUUCACGCCCCCGUCGCAGCGGAUGCGCGCGACAUUUCCCAGGGCGACGAACCCAGAGGUCAGCUGCUCGAAUGCGCCGACGCCGAGUACUUCCCGCCUGCCGGCGAUUUCCAGCGUGCGGAUGGGGGACCUACAGGCGGAGGUGGCAAGCUACGAGUUGGACGCGCGCGACGCGACGUGCGACCAGCUCCGCGUCAUCCCGCGCGCGCUGAGAGCCGAGGGCCAGGACAAGAAGGCGCAGGACAUCCCCGGGCUCGGCAAGAUGCACAAACACGAGCUCCAGGAGUCGCGCAGGAUGAAGGGCAUCGAUUUCGACCAGCACACGACCGUGCCGGAGCUCAGGCAGCGCCUGAAGGGCUGGGAGAUCACGGGGAGCGACAAGAUGCGCUUCGGCAAGUACCCGACCGCGGACCACCGCUGGGUGCUCAAGAACGACUUGGGUUACGCGCGGUGGGCGGUGCUGGAACUGGGCAACGGCCGGGCGAGCCCGCUCCCGGCGCGCUUCGGCAGGUGCGUCAAGGCUCACGGAGUGAGGCCGCUCAAGCCAGAGAAGCUCAAGACUACCAUCGAGGCGGUGAUGGUCGAGGAGUUGGUCCUGGACGACGGCGACGCUGGCGGCGAGGAUCCAACGGGCCUCAGCAAGUUAAGGCAGCUGGACGGGGCCAGCCGCCAGCCUCAGGGCAAGCGCGUCAGCCUACUCUACCAGGUCACGGGCUUGCUGAGCGCCUUCGCGUUUCAGGCGGUGCUCACGGCGGACUGGCUGCCCCAACCUCUCAAGCCGUUCGCCCAGGGCGCGACGAGCGCCGCGCAGGACGUGGCGGACCACGUGAGGAACGUCAAGGAGAUCUACACCGUCCGGAGCCACGGCGUGGACGUCAUGCAAGUGUUCGGAGGCGAAGGCAGUAUUGCCGAGGCGGCAGUGCGCCGCGACAUGACAGCCACGGAAGUGAUCGACCGUAAGUGCGGCUGGGACCUCCGCAAGCAGAAGGACCUCGAGAUGACGUGCGAGCGGCGCUGCGCAUCGAGGCCGAAGUUCGCGUCGAUCGAGCUACCCUGCACCCACCGCGCGAACAUUGCGCACCUCAAGUUCCGCACGCCGCAGGGCAAGCAGGCACUGCGGCGAUUGUGGCGCUCUCAGCUCGAUUCAGGCGGCGUCGCCAUGGUCGAGAACCCGGCCACCGGCAGGAUCUGGACACAGCGCAUCAUGAUGGAGAUACUUGCCGACAAGCGCGUGUACCAGGUGAGGUGGGAGAUGUGCGAGCACGGGGCUCGACGCUACAAGGCGGGGGGGCUCGUCAAGCACCCCGCCAAGCUGCUCGCCACCCACAAGGAGUUCGACCGACUACGCCGCACCUGCAGCCACGCGCACCACGACCAGACGUUUGGUGACAACGUGGCGGUGCGGACGUCCGGCGUUUAUCCAGCCAAGUUCUGCCGAGCGGUGGUGCGCGUCGUCGGGCAGAUCAUUCGCCAGCAGGGUGGGCCUCGCGCCUACCAGGUGGACUGCAGCGCUUCCUCGUCGCCCUUCAUCGCGACGGAGUUGAAGGAGCAGGCCACCGCCUGCGAGAACGAUGCCGCGCCCCUGGGAGAGACGGGCGAGCCUAUUGGGGGCCCAGGCCCCAUGGGCGGCGGAGACGACUUCGCCGACACUCACGACGUGAAGGCCGACGAGACUGUGGACGGCAGGAUCGGGGUCGGCGCGGUCGCUUUCACAAAGAACGCAGCAGCCUGCUGCAAGCCAGCCGAGCUGGCCAUGCUCAAGAGACUCCACGUCAACUUGGGCCAUCCGUCUAAUGAAGACUUGAGCCGCAGUCUGCCACUCAAGGGCGCUAAGUCGGCCACCGUGCAGGCCGUCAAGGGGCUGAUCUGCGGAGUGCGCCGCUCGCAGCAGCGCCCGAGCGCAUGGGGGCCAGCGCGCCUCCACUUCGUGCAAGAUUUCGGCGACGACGUGGGCUUCUAUUGCUUCGAGCUCAAGGACGUCGACGGCAAGAGCUACUGGUACCUCAGCAUCGUCGACUUGGCCACUACCUUCCACGUCGCGACGCUGAUCGGUCGCCACACCAGCCAGGAGUUCGCUACGGCCUUCGAGAGGUGCUGGGCCUCCUGGGCCGGCGUCUCGGACCGAGCCCACUUCGACAUGGAGAGGGGGUUCGGCGGCUUUCUCAGCGAGCUGUUCCAGUCUUUCGACGCGGUGCAGCUACCUAUCGCGGGACAGGCCCACUGGCAGCUCGAUCGAGUGGAACGUCAGAGAGCCUGGUGGAAGGAGCUCGCUGCCAGGACGACCGAGCACUCGUCGAUCAGGGGCGAGGGCGAGAUGCGGACAUUGGGCAUCAUGGUGUCGGGCGCGAAGAACUCGCUGAGGCGGCGGGCUGGCUUCAGCCCCGCGCAGCGGGUGCUGGGGCGCGAUCCCAAGAUGCCCGCCGACCUGGUGGACGACGCGGCCAACUACAGUGCCCGCAGCCUCGCCACCAAUGACGAGAAGAUUCGCCGCCGAUCUGCUAUUUGGACGGCGGCGCGCGAGUCGUUCAUGCGGAUGCAGAACGACGACCAGCUCAGACGAGCUAUGCUGGCUCGCGCGCGCACCGUGGCCACACUCUUGUCAGUGGGCGAGAUGUGCUACAUGUUCCGCGAUGUCAACAAGAAAGAGCAGAAGGAGCAGCACAACCGCAACGCCAAGAAGGGCAUCUGGCGGGUGCCGUGCGUGGUCAUCAGUCGCCAGGGCAACAACGCCUGGGUCUCGCUGGGAGGGCGCGCCAUGCUGGUGGCCCCGGAGCACAUCAAGGCGCUCGCUCCGGACGACGUCUGGUUCCCGAACGGUCGGGGCGAGAUCGGCCAGGCCGUGGCCGAGCUCAACAGGGCUCGCGACUCACUCGAGCAGGAGGAGGCCCCAGUGGAGGACAUCCGCCCAGAGCCGGGCCAGCCCGAGGUCCAGCCAGGCGAGAUGGAGCAGGCGUGGCGGGAGUUCAUCGACAGCCCAGACGACGACGACCUGAGGCUGUGCGUUCCGGAGGACCCGAAGCCCCAGGAGCAGAUCGAGGUGCUGCCCGCCGACCGAGCCGACAUGCCUCAGUCAGCCUUGGAGGAGCAGCCAUACGGUCCCGUCGAGUUCCGACGAUGGCGAGCGACCUUCGACGGGGCGGACAGCGGCGACUUCGGCCCGGCCCUCAAACGCCUGCAGACCGCGGCCGCCAAGGAGCAGGCGGGCUCCGGAGGGCCGCCCCCGAGGACAGCCUCGCGCGAUCGGGCGGCCGUGCCCGACGGCGGAGCAGCGGCCGGAUCCGAGCAGGAGGGCGCUAGAGAGCGUUCGAGGUCGGCUCCCAGAGAAGCGACGCAGACCUCCGUCGUCACCGAGAGGAUCAAGCGCAAGCAAGCCGACAAGGAUAUCCACUGGAGGGCCAUCAAGGAUUCCGACAGGGAGUUCCACCGAGAGGCGGCGGCCAAGCAGUGGAGCGAGUGGCAGAAGUACGGAUCCUGUCAGGUGCUCACCAUCGAGGAGUCCGAGUUGGUCAGGGGCAGGGUCAAGGCCAACCUCAUCUUGCCCAGCCGGUUUGUGUAUCGGGAUAAGAACGCGCCGCUGCGGACUGACAAGCGCCCGCUGCCGGUCAAGGCCAAGGCCCGACUCUACGUCGGGGGUCACAUGGACCCGCGUCUCGCUCAGGGCGACCUGCGCGCAGACGCGCCGACGGUCACCCGCAACUCGACUAUGCUGUUCUUCACCCAGUUGAUCAAGAUCCUCAAGGGAGUCUUCGGGCUAGCCGCCGCACCGCGACAGUGGUGGGCUAAGCUCAAAAGGACCUUGCUUGCGGUGGAGGAGAAGCUAGGUGACUACGUGUUCCGACUUCGCCAUCAUUCGCUAGAUCCAGCGGUGUACUACGGCUGCGACAAGCACGGGGAGCUGUGCGCGGCGGUGGUCGCCCACGUGGACGACCUGCUGCUGGGCGUCUCGCCCAAGUACCCGACCCUGUACGACUGGCUCUACAAGCUCCUACCCAAGGAGCGCAAGACGGAGCUGUCGGCGGAGGCGACGCCAGCCGAGUUUUCGGACAACCGCUCCGCCCUCGGAGCGCUUGGAUGGCUCUCAUCGCAGACUCGACCAGACCUGUCAGCUGGAGUGGCCAUGGGACAGCGCACCCAGAACAAGCCCACCAUCCAGGACCUGCUCGAGACGAAUCGGCUCAUCGAGCUGGCGCGGCAGCACGCGGACGUGGGACUGGAAUUCCCGAAACUACGUGGACCACUUUGCCUGGUCACUUACCACGACGCCAGCUGGGCCAAUGUUGACGAGCCACCUGAAGGUGUCAUAGCUACGCUACUCACCAAGAUCGUGGGCAGCAAGGACAAGAAUAUCAAGAUCCGCUCGCAGGCCGGCUACGCGACGUUCAUCGCCGAGGCCAAGCUGUUGUGCGGCGACAAGGCGCGAGCGGGAAUCGUUGAUUGGCGAUCAGGCACCAUCGAGAGAGUUUGCAGAUCUAUUCUGGCAGCUGAGACGAUGUCAGCAGUAGACGCAUUAGGCUGUGCUCAGAUCACACGCUGUGUUUCCGCUUCGCUUGAGAUACCGGAUGCUCAUCUGGAAGAUAUUCCCCCGAGUUUGCUGCCGCUUGCUCAGGUCACAGAUUGCGCUACCUUGUACGAUACGAUGCACAAAGACGGUUAUCCCAAGCUCUCGUCAGAGCGGCGCCUUUUGCUAGACCUAGUAGCCCUCAAGGAGUCAUUAGAAGAGGAAAGAAGUAACGAAUUCGUUGCCGACGAUCAGCGUAGCCAGCUGCCUCUCUUUUGGGUUCCGACCGGCCAGCAGCUCGGGGAUCAGUUCACUCAGCGAUCUGACAGCAGUGCCAUCGGGGCAGUGCUGCGAGACACACGCCUCGCAUUGCAGCGUCAAGAGCCAACCGACCAGGCCCGAGAGCACGAGGCGCAUAUGAACAGUGCCGGCUCGCUUCUCAAGCGCGCUAUCCGCUUGGUUCCAGGAUAG